AAAUCGCGCCCUUACCUGGGGUUCAAUCUGGUGUUGGCCCAAACGAUGGGAUGGGUGGUGAAAAAAGAGGACGGGUCGUAUGCAGUGGGACCCAAUUUGUUGAUGCACCCCCUGUUGAGCCAGCCCAAGAACCCGAAGGUCGCUGCGUCCGCGGAUAAGAAUCAAUUGAUGUCGUUUACGGAUUACGUGAAGGUGCACCGAGGCAUGGUGUAUUUGGCCAUGGUGGUGGAUUGGCAGUUUGUGAAUUUGGACGAAGCCUAUGCUCGGGCCACCACCCACGUGUUUGUCCCUCCCAAGGUCCUGUACAAUACCUUUCGAUGGAUCAUGGACGACGAGAGCGUGUGGAUCAAGGAUGGAGGGAUUCGCUCUUUGGGGUUUGUCAAUCUGGAAGGGUCCCCGCAUUAUUGGAAGAAGAAGACCGUGGGCAUGACGUUGACGAAAAGUGGAAACAAGUACCAACCCAAGUUUGGGUGGGUCAUAGGCACCACCAAGCUGAGCAAGGCGUCCACGUAUAGACUGGUGGUGGAGAUCUACACGACCGACAAGGUCUUGUUUGACAAGACGCGCGUGAGUGCCUCGAGUAGUUUCUACGUGCAGCUGACAGACACGGCAGUGACGACGCACGUGCACGAAUACCUGGGUGUAUUACCACCGUCUCGUGCAAGAUUUCCGGCUGACGCAGGAGUCGGACUCGACGUCGCGGCUGUACCUCACGGUGACCAUCGACGGCGUGCCCACCUCGUAUCCGGCCACGUUGACGGAUCAAUGUUACGUGGUGGUCUACGGGUACACCAUCGCGGCGCCGUGGCCUCGCAUGGAUCAAGUGAACGACGUGUACGACGAUCAUCCGGUCAUUCGGCGAAGCACCACCACCACGUCGUCCAGCAGCACUAAAGAAACGACCACCAAGCCCACGCAUAAGGGGAGUGAAGACAAACAGAAGAAGACCACGGUGACGCCCUCGACGCAUGGGGAGCAGGCCACGCGGCCGGUGCAUCUGUACUGCAACGUGGGGGAGAGUAGCAUCGUGGGCACGCAGAUCACCAAUUUCUUGCGAGACCUGCCCUAUAAAGAUCAACCCAUCCGGUGGGAACCGGAACACGUGCAGUAUCACCGGGUGCGAGGAGACACGGUGGAGAUUCUCGAAGUGGAAGUGGCCGAGACGAACGGUCAGUUGUUGACCUUGAACCCGGCGGGAGAGACGCAAGUGACGUUGCAUUUCCAGGCAUGA